AUGACUCAUGCUCAGCAGGUUGAUGGAGACAAGCUUAGCGAAAUGGCUAAGGACAACAAGAAGGCCAGAACACAUAACUAUGAGUACUCUCAACAAAAAUCGUGGAAAUCGCUCUCAGUUUCAGUAGAGGUCUACAGCCCCAACACCUUCUCCGUCGCUUUCCUUGGUCAUGUGGUAUAUAGUGAAGGAAUCAGAGUGGAUUCUGAGAAAAUAGAUGCAGUGAAACAAUGGCCCAGAUCCACCUCUCCAACCGAUAUCAGAAAUUUCUUGGGUUUGGCUGAUUAUUACAAGAGAUUUGUUGAAGGAUUCUCAUCCAUAUCUUCCCCAUUGACUAAGUUGACUCAGAAAAAUGUUAAGUUUCAGUGGUCGGACGAGUGA